UGUGCUUCAUGUGUGUUUGUUAUUUUAUUGAUUGUUGCGGUUUUUUAACCAACUGAAUUAAACAAAUUGUUAUGAUUAAAAUCUCAACGAUUAACUGAAAAUUUCCUUAUCCUUACAACGGGAAUAAUUUAGAUAGUAAACCAAAGGUUAACAAAUGGGUUCACACUUAUAAGAGACAAUUGUCAUCGUUGAUUGUACACAAUUAGAAGAGGACAAUUAAAGUGCUAUCACGAUAGAAUCACGUUCAAGAUGAUCAAGACAAUUUCUAAAUUGUUAAAAAGCUGAUUAAAUGGAAAAGCAAAUCAAUUAAUUGAUUUGAAUGUUCACAAAACACUGACCAUUGUUUUCUUACAACAACAACAACAACAACAUGGGAUGAAAAUAAGGUAACCAGUUAAAGUGAAUUUUAAUUAUUUACUGGAUCGUGAUAAUUGAAUUAAAUUCAUCAUCUUGUUUAGUUUUAAUUACGAUAAUGAUUCGAGUUUAAUAUACAAGGUAAACAUUUACCUCUUGAACAUUGGAAAAGGAUAAUUAAGUGGGUGAUGAUUUAUACUAAUUAAUUAAACUCGUAAAAGACAAAGAUCAUCCUGUUCAUCAUCAUCAUCAUCAUCAAUUUCAUCAAUAUCAAGAUCAAAGAGGGAGAGAGAGAGAGAGAGAGAGAGAAAACUAAACCUUUCCUCUUUUCUUCGUAUAGUUUUAGCCUCUUUUUCAUUUUCUCUCUCUAUUUUUGUCUCUCUCGUUCUCCUUUUUCUCUUCUUCUUCUCCUUCUUGUUCUUCUCUCUUUUUUAUCAUCUUCAUCUUCCUUUUGCUGUUCUUCCUCAUCAUCAAUUUAGUAACCACCUUUUACUCACUCAUUCUCCUCAAAUUCUUCCUUCUCUCUGAGUGCUAGAUGAUCAAAUACAUGAGUGAAACAUUCAACUAAUAUCAGUGUUUCAUUUGUUUUCAUUUAAUUUGCUUCUCAAAAUAACAUUUCAAUUCAAUACAAUUAGAUAAAUCAUCAUCAUCAGAAUUUGUUUUGUUAUCUCUCCCCUUUUCUCUGUCUCUCUCUCAACUUAAAACAAAUAUAAGUGUGUGACUGUGAGAUAUUGUUACUAUUGAACCAUUAGCUUUAUCUGCAAACGGAUUAAAUCAACUCAUCUUAAUUUAAAUUGAAACCGAUGUCUUCACAAUCAACUAACUGUGUUACCAAUGGUGGACCCAAGGCUAAUGGACCAUCAUCAUCAUUGCCAUCAGCACUUUCAUCAACGACAACUAAUGGUCAUUUAACCUCCAAUUAUCAUCAUGAUUCUGAGCGUACAAGUGAUGUGGGUAUCAUAGCAAUGGAAAUGUAUUUUCCAUCAGUUUUUGUUGAUCAAACGGAAUUGGAAAAAUAUGACGGAGUCUCCGAGGGUAAAUACACCAUUGGCCUGGGUCAAACUCGAAUGGGAUUUUGUUCAGAUCGAGAGGAUAUUCAAUCUCUUUGCCUAACAGUGACCCAUCGAUUGUUUGAGAAAACCGGUAUCUCACCUCGAGAUGUUGGAUUCCUCAUGGUUGGAACUGAAACACUGGUUGACAAAUCGAAAUCUGUUAAAACGGUUCUGAUGAAACUUUUCGAAGAAUCUGGAAACGGUGAUGUUGAAGGUGUUGACACAACUAACGCUUGUUAUGGUGGGACUGCUGCUCUUUUCGCUGCCGUUAAUUGGAUUGAAUCAAGUUCAUGGGAUGGUCGAUAUGCUCUUGUUGUUGCCGGUGAUAUUGCCAUUUAUGCUUCUGGAAGUGCUCGACCAACCGGUGGUGCUGGUGCCGUGGCCAUGUUAGUUGGACCCAAUGCCCCACUUGCCUUUGUCCGUGGAGCACGAGCAAGUCAUAUGGCUCAUACUUACGAUUUUUAUAAGCCCAACAUGGACUCCGAGUAUCCGGUAGUUGAAGGUAAACAGUCAAUCAUUUGCUACACGCAAGCAGUUGACCGAUGCUACCAAUUAUUUUCAUCUAAAUAUGAAAAUGUCCUCAGGAAGGAGGCGUUGACCAUUAAUGGUCAGAUUAAAAGUGUCAACGGUAGUAGUGGCCUUAAUGGUGAUUCUAAAAUUGCCAAAUUGAUUGACAGUCCAUUAAAUGGUAAAAUGAGACUUAAUGAUUUUGAUGGGCUACUUUUCCAUUCACCUUAUUGUAAAUUGGUCCAAAAAUCGGUUGCUCGUCUUUCGUUGAACGAAUUUCUUUGCGAUGACGAUCCUGAUUAUGAGAAUUAUUAUAAAGGUUGUGAAAAAUAUCGAUCAAUUAAUUUGGAGGAAACUUAUUUCGACAGAGAUUUGGAGAAACAAUUUAUCUCUCAAUCAUCGCAACUUUACAAACAGAAAACUCAAUCAUCAUUGUUAUUGGCGACUCAAGUUGGUAACAUGUACACCGCUUCACUUUAUUCUUGCCUUGUUUCUUAUUUCCUCAGUAAACCUUUGGAAGAAAUUGCUGGUAAAAGAAUAUUAUUAUUCUCUUAUGGUUCAGGAAUGGCUGCUUCCAUGUUCUGUUUACAAAUAUCACCUGAUUCCACACCCAAUUCACCUUUGGACAAAUUGUACAAUGGAAUUCGCGAGGUACCUGUUCUCCUUAAACAACGAACCAAAAUAUCACCACAAGAGUUUGUUGAGACUCUUAAAUUGCGAGAGGAGACUCACCAUUUGUGCCCUUAUACACCCAAAGGUCCAAUUGAUAAUCUUUUCCCUGGAACUUAUUAUCUUGACAAUAUCGACAAUUUAUUUCGACGAGAAUACAAACGAGUACCAGUCUCACCUCUAACCACCAAUAACGAAAAGUCCGAUGUUUACUCUUCGUCAACAAACCUAAUUAAGAACAACAAUCUAACAUCGACAAUAACACAAUCAUCACCACUUGCAGUACCAUCAACACAACAAUCAACACCAUCCUUGUCAUAGUUUUUCAACAAUUCAACAAUUAAUAUAACAAUCAACAAACAAACAAACAAAACACGCGAAAAUCAACUUUUUUUUUGCCAAAAUCAUGUUAAUCAAAAUUUUCACUUUUUCAUUUUACUACAAUUGAAAAAUUGAGUUUCCAUUUAGUUUCCCAAGCAACAAAUCAAUCACAAUCCAAUAGAAAAAAUCAAUUCCUCUUGAAUAAUCAGCAAUCAACUGAUUUUGCUGGUCAAUCAAUUUAAACUCAAUUUUCCUUUAAUUGUAAAUGAAAAACAAAACGAAAAACAAAAAUUAUCUAUUGGUUACAUUUUCUAAUUACUUUUUUGUGUGAAUGUAUGAGUUAUAUUAACGUGGCCUUCCAGAGAUACAGGACAAAGACGACAAUUUAUAUUAGAUAAUCAAUAAAUCACAAUCAUCGUAA